CCGCAAUCGUCAGAACAUCAAACAGCUCAGCUUCCGGCACGGGCACAACACGACAUGUCUAAUGGUUGAAAAGACCACCGGAGGCCGCCAAUACUGCUGAGAUUCUCCAAAACCCCAUCUCUAGCUACAGCAGUACCAGCCGUAGCCCCAGUCCCAGCCUCAACCAUGCAAGCCGCACUCGAACCUUUCCAUGAGGCAUAUGCCACAGGAUUGGCGCAGCCCGUCGCAGACUUUCUCAGCCCAGUUGCGCCUGCGCAUGAUCCUGGGCGGCUAUAUGAAUUCUAUCGCGCAUCCAACGGAGAUAAGAUCGAGGGCGAUGUUCGCUAUGCGCUCAAACACAACAAGAGCACGCGCAUGACCAACAAAGAGAGCGGUGCUUGGGUUGAUAUCAUUGCUGGUUAUUGGCGCGCUGUCAGGGAGAUUAUAAGGUCGGACGAGGCUGCAAACCAGGACAAGCUCAACGAGCGCCAAUUCGUGGCAGUGUAUGAUGCUUGGAAAGACUUGACCAGCAGCUUUAUCAAGCACAUAUCGGCUGGGCUACUGCCACCGUGGGCCAUCUUUACGCUGUAUUUCACUGCGAACCAUCUUAGGAAGAUAGCUAUCAAAGCAGACGAACAGUUGGCCAAGUCGAAAUCAGCAACUCCCAGCACGGGAUUUUCAGACGAUAUCGUGAGCACUAUUCCUCAGAACCAAAAGCUUGAAGAGGCUGCUCGAGUCUUCAACAGGAUCUUUGCGCUAUGCCUUGGUGAUAGAAACCCAGACAUGUCCGAGUCCCGUAAAUGGGGUGUGUACUGCAUAGCCAAUCUCCAGUUCAAGACAUACUUCAAGUUGAAAGCCAUCAGUCUAUCCAAGAACGUGGUGCGAUCGAUCGAAGCGCAGUCCGACCUACCUACAUUCGAGCUAUACCCGCGCGCCCAUAGGGUAACAUACAAGUACUAUCUUGGAGUGCUCUCGUUUCUGCAGGAGGACUAUGCCAAGGCAGAAAGGAGCUUGCAGCAAGCAUGGGAGUCCUGCUAUUCGCGGUCGCAACAUAACAAAUCCUUGAUCCUCACGUACUUGAUUCCUUGCCGCCUCAUCACCCAGCACAAGAUUCCGACAACAAGCCUUCUCGCAGAAGCCCCGCAUCUGCAGCGCACCUUCGGGCCUCUUGUAUCGUGUAUAAAACGUGGAGAUCUUACGGGCUUCGACAGAGCCCUUGCGGAGGGCGAACCCGAGUUUGUCAAGCAGCGCAUAUUCCUCACCCUAGAACGAAGUCGCGAUAUUGCCCUGCGCAAUCUUCUCCGAAAAGUAUACCUUGCCGCCGGCUUUGACGAUCUCAAGGAAGGACAAACGGAGAAGGACAGAAUACGCAAGUCGCGCAUACCACUAGCGCAUUUCGCAGCCGCACUCAGAAUGGGGACUGCAGGCGAAGGCAGCGGCCAAGUCGUGGAGGACGAUGAGGUGGAGUGCUUAUUGGCGAACCAAAUCUACAAGGGCCUGAUGAAAGGCUAUAUCUCGCGCGACCAUGGAAUAGUAGUCAUGAACAAGAAGGGAGCAUUCCCCGGGACAGGGGUCUGAUGCCUAAACUCUACUUUGGCCCGCCGCCUUGCGUUAAGUAGAGUCACCACACCACCUCAACAAGAUUCUUGGCUUUGUGGGAAUAUGACUCUGGCAUAUCACUAACACUGUGCAUGUGCACAAGGGCAUGCGUCUUGGGUUCGUUGCACGUACGAAUGGUACAUUCAUAGAACUUUGGCAAAAUUAUAAGAAUAGGAGAAAAUUCAAACAGCAUACCCAGGUCAUGGUACUAGCUAAAUCCCUCUUGC